AACAAACAACUAACAUAACCUUUAAAUCAAAUUGAAUUGCACAUUUAUUGAAAGAAGCAACAAGUCGAGCACACAAUCGGUAUAUCUAAAAGAGUUUAUUUUUAUUAUACAAACAAUUCGGUUUUAUAAAACCAGUUUGCCUAGGUAUCAACAAUGGCGGUGCGCGUCAAAGAUUAUAUUGAAAUUGACAUUGAUGUUAAUACAGUUGAAAAAAAAGCUGUACCCAAUCAGAAUGUGAAAGGUGACGGGGAAGAGUGGAUAGAAAUGCCACUGUCUCCACUGUUCAGAAGACGAAGAAGAAAAAAGGCAAAAACGGAAUCAAUAAUGGAAAAAUUAUGGAAUUUUCUGUGGCCAACAACAACAACAACAAGUACAAAUGAAAAAAUCGAAGAAGAGUUUGCAGAUGUUAGGGGAUCGAAUUCGGAUGAUCUAAGGGAAUGUCUGUGGAAGUACAUAAGUAAUAAUGGAUUAUAUGUUGAUUAUUUUGCAUCCAAAUCCACAUUAACUGAAGAGAAAAGAAAACAAAUCAAUGCUAAAGUUGCAUCGUUAAAGUUAAACUUGGGUGGGAAAAAUAAUAAAAGGGCAACAAUGAAACGAGUGUUCGGAAAUUUGAUUAUUUGCCCCCAGACAGCCUUAGACGUCCACAAUGAAAGUUUACGAUACGCAACAGCCGGUUCUAUGCAUGUUCCAUUGGCAUAUGCAAAUAGAGCGGCAUGUUUUUAUGAACUGCAUGAUUUUGAUGAAGCAUUGAAAAACAUUGAAUUAGCGAUGGAAUACGAUAUCUUUCCUGAUCAUUUAGACCGAAAACUUUUGGAUCUCAAAAAGGCCUGUAUAUGUAUACAAUCCAUGGAAAAAAUCCUCAUUGAAAAUGACCGAAUAGAAGAACUUUAUCCGAAAGGUCGGAGCGUAUUGGAUUAUAGACCGAAUGAAGACUAUCCAUGUGUGGCCAAUGUAGUGCAAAUAAAGGAGAGCAAAGAAUUUGGUCGAUAUGCAGUUGCAAAGUGUAACAUUCCAAAAAAAAGAAUCCUUUUAAUUGAAGAAGACUACUUAAAAACAAUUGAUCUUAAUGAAUGUAGACUCCGUACAUGCACUACUUGCUUCACCGAAGAUGUAUGUUUCAUUGCAUGCGAAAAAUGUGCAGACGCAAUGUUUUGUAAUCAAGAAUGUAAGGAACAUAAUGAAACACACAUAUGGGAAUGCAAUAAUUUCAUUUCAACCAUGGAUUAUGAUCACAAAUUUAUCAUCCAUUCGAUUUUACGCGUCCUUCACUUAUUCACUACAGGAAAUACAACGGACGUAAACGAGCUAAUCGAAUUUAUUGAACAAUUGAAAAGAACCCAAAAAUUCCCCAAAACUAUAGACGAUUCUAAGUCGAAGUAUGAAUUCUUUUUUAAUUUGGCAUCGAACUCUCCAAGUGAUGAUUUUUACAGUACCACAUUAACACCAUUAGAAGUUGUUUAUCUUGUUUAUAAGAUGCUAAUGAAAAUACCGAAAAUUAAUAAGUCAUUUCUAUAUGAAUCACAACGCAUAUUUCUACAGCAUUUGAUCAUACAUCAUAUUUAUGUCAUUAAAACCAACUGCUUCGGUGACGAUAGUUCAACAACUUUGGGACUGGUUCAAUCAUUAUUCAAUCAUUCAUGUGAUCCGAAUCUUUGUAACAAGCACAUUGCAAACGAACACGUAUUUUAUUCAUAUCUGGAAGAUGUGAAAAAAGGCGAUCAACUGUACAUCUCUUAUAUCAACUUCUUCGAUACAACUGAAGAGCGUCGAGCUAAAAUUAAAAAAAUCUGGGGUUUUCUUUGCACAUGUGGUUUAUGUGAACCAACAGAUGUUGAAUUGAAGAAGAAGGCAACUUGUGAUCCAUUCGGUAUAGUUUCUUCAUGUUAUCGUUUCUCAUAAAAAAAAUGUUCAUCGUCAUUAAUUAAUUUCAAAUUAGAUAACGUACAAUA